AAGUAGUGGCGUGUGAGAGCGCCGGCUGUGACCGCGGAGACAGCGGUGACCUAGCGAGUGGGAAGCGGUGGCGGCGAGUAGCUGCUGCUGCUCUGGGGCAGAGUUGGCGGUUAGAGGCGGGGCCGGCCACCCAGAGCAGCCCGGAUCUGGAGUCAGAGUUGUUUGGAUUCGACACCCGUCCAACCAUGGGUUUGUCUGCAUCUACCCCUGCUGUUGCAGUUCAGACCGCAAAUGCUUCAGAUCAUCAGACAACACCCCCACCUUCUGGAUGUCCAAUGCAUCAAGGGAAAAUGCAAGGCUGUCCAGUGAGUACAGAGCCAUCCGACCCAUCCUGUGACAGCAAAACCAACUCUGUGCCUGUCCACCAAGAACGUGCAUAUGAGUACGUGGAGUGUCCUGUUACAGGCUCGGUGGCUGGAAAUAAGGAGAAGCUAGAUCCUUCUAACCUGAUGCCGCCACCCAAUCAGAUACCGGCCCCUGAUCAGCCAUUUGCACUGUCUACUGCGAGGGAGGAGUCAUCCAUUCCAAGAGCAGAUUCUGAGAGAAAGUGGGUUUAUCCUUCUGAGCAGAUGUUCUGGAAUGCGAUGUUAAAGAAAGGGUGGAAGUGGAAGGAUGAUGAUAUUAGUCAGAAGGACAUGUACAAUAUCAUUAGAAUUCACAAUCAGAAUAAUGAGCAGGCUUGGAAGGAGAUUUUGAAGUGGGAAGCGCUUCAUGCCGCGGAGUGUCCUUGUGGUCCCUCGCUGGUCCGGUUUGGAGGUAAAGCGAAAGAGUAUUCGCCACGAGCAAGGAUCCGGUCCUGGAUGGGGUACGAGCUGCCUUUCGACAGGCAUGACUGGAUCGUCAACCGCUGCGGGACGGAAGUGAGAUACGUCAUCGACUACUACGACGGCGGUGAAGUCAACCAGGACUACCAGUUCACCAUCCUGGACGUCAGGCCCGCUUUCGAUUCGCUUUCGGCGGUGUGGGACAGAAUGAAGGUCGCCUGGUGGCGCUGGACCUCGUAACCACUGCUUGUUAGCCAUGGGAAAAUAUAAACUAUUUUUUUUUCUGAACGAUGUAUUAAACUAUUUUCCCCAAACUGAACUGCACUCAUGAUAUACUGGGAAGGUCAAGUGGGUAAUGACACCUUACAUUUCACUUAGCAAUGGGUGGCGUGCAGGUGCUCACCCUGCCGUUCAUAGAAGAUCAUUUUAAAUUUCCAAGUGGGAAGCAGUCCCUUAGUUUUCCCUUUAACUGCAGAGUUGCCUGUGUAUUUAAUUUAGAAGAGUCAGGACAACCUCUGAAAAAGAACUCGCCUUGAAAUUUGAAGGCAGCUGCUUUUUUUUGUCACUGUUUUCUCUGGCAUACUUGCCGUGCAGACCUGAAGGUCCAUGUGAUGCUGAGGAGCGUUGACCUGGUCAGACAUUUAAUGAGAGCUGUUCAGGUAUGAUUUUAAGAGUUACCAGCAUUGCUAAAGCCCCUAUGAUAUCGUAGUGACCCCUGAAGAAAUCACACAGGUUUACACUGGAAUUGCACUCGGCAAAACUAAGAUAUGUCUUACCUCUCCAAAUCCUCAAGAAUUUUUAAGACUGGACCUUGUUAUAGAAUAGUUUCAACUCCCUCAUGGUUUGAUGGUGCAUUCGCAUUAGAAUGUGUGUUUUAAAUAUUUUCAUUUUAGUUUCCAUUAUUCUGACAUGUAACUGCUCCCUGCAAGCAGGUCCCGUUGUCGCUGGCCCGUGACAAGUUAUCCUGCUUCUGAGCCCCAUUCCUUCUGCCUGAAGCCUUCCUGGCACUUGCCCUAAUCUGAACCUUGAUGGUCUGGCUCAUGUCGCAUGUGAGGGACGGUCCCUCUCUAAAACAUGAUUAUAUUUAGUUGAGUGUUAGAAUUCACAAGGAGAGUAUUUUUCCCAGAUGUAGAAUGUUUGCAUCAACUCACUGUCUAAGUUCAGACAUUUUAAAAGGGAGCUCUAAGUUUGCCAUUGAAAUUCUUGGCACCAGUAAUCCAUAAAGUGGUUGUUCUACUUAGAGCAGCAUGUUACAAAUGACUGUUGGGUUUUUAAAAGUGUGGAUAAUAUUCAUUUAUUCUAAAUACUGUAGUGUUAAAUUAGUAAAUGGAAUUAGCAGUCUGGAAUGAUGAAUUUGGUUUGAAUUUCUUUGUUGUGACAGCUUGGCGUGGAGUUUGAAAAAUCCAACAACCUUAAACUCUUCUACAUUUCAAAAUAAUUGCAUAUUUUAAAAUGAAAUAAAGCUGAUAGUUAACAGGUUUUGAAAA